AUGGACGUUCAAGAUAUCAUUGGAAUUGCUUUGAACUUGGCAACCGCCGGCACUGUCGGCGCGCUUCUCGUGUUGCCUGCGUGUGGCGGGAAAAAGGCGAAACCAUCCGACAAAGGAGGUGACACACCGAGCAACAAAGGAGAGGGAUCAUCGAAAACCGAUAACGAAAAGGAUGGAUCUAAAGCGGAAGGAGCUGGAACUCCGUCUGCCGCCGGUGAUUCACCAGCGCCACCGCCGCCACCGGCUGGUGGUGCUCCGCCUCCACCACCAGCUGCCGGAGGACCGAAACCUGGAGGUCCUGGAAUGGCAGCCACUCACGACCCGAACUAUCAAACUCUCGCUGGAAUCGGAAAUGACUGUUUCGAGAAGAAAGGUGGUGGUGCUCCUGCAGCUGCACCAGCCGCUGGAAAACCUGGAAUGGCCGCAACCCAUGAUCCGAAUUAUCAGACAUUGGCUGGAUUGGAUAACAACGUUUUUGCGAAGAAAGAUGGUGGUGGUGGUGCUCCAGCAGGAGGUCCAUCUGCUCCAGCUGAUCAGAAUGCGAAAGCAGCGACUCAUGAUCCAAAUUAUCAAACACUUGCUGGUUUGAAUAAUAAUGUAUUCGAAAAGAAAGAUGGAGGAGGUGCUGCCGCUGGUGGAGACAAGAAACCAAUCCAACCCGCUGACAAGAAUAAGAAAGCAGCGACUCAAGAUCCGAACUAUCAGACAUUGGCUGCAGUUGGUGGAGAUGUAUUCGGAGCGGAUAAGAAGGGAGGAGCUGGUGGUGGUGGAGAUAAAAAGCCAGUUCAACCGGCAGAUAAAAAUAAGAAAGCGGCGACUAUGGAUCCAAAUUAUCAGACUUUGGCGGCAGUUGGCGGAGAUGUGUUCGGUGCUGACAAGAAGAAGAAAUAA